CAGGAGCACAGCCUUUCCAUACUUACUUGUGGCAGACGUGUGAUGUUAUCAGCGAGGAUGUUUAUUUGAGUCGGACGUCAUUAUUUGUGACCCGCCAAAAAAAAAAAAAAAAAACCAAGGGGAGGCGCUCUACUUGAAGUGUGUGUGUGAGGCUCCCCCAACUUCUUACACUUGAACGGGAAGCACACCGCCGCCAGACAACGCAGCACGGAAAAGUCGCGCGAACGGCGAGGAUGGAUUACUCGGACGUUUUCUGUUUGGAAAGAUUCUUGUAAUGCUUAACAUUUAAAGCUUUUGGACACGCAUGCUGCAACUCUUGAGUUACAAACAGCGCGCCCGAAAGCAUGGGCUGGAACUCACCCUUCCAUCUGCAAAACUCUUUUUUUGGACCAUUGUGGGAUUUAUGUUUUUAUUAAAGUUUGCUGGUCUUGCGACAAAAAGCUGUGUAAAUUCAGCUACUCUCAUCCGGUUUAAUGAAAGACUUUCCUGGUGUGGAAGAUAACCAAUGAUGAACAGUUUUUUCAUUCUUUAAGUAGUAAGAAUGAGUUCAAGUGACAAGCUGAACCUCACGCUGUUCAUCUUGCUGGUGCUGUGCAUCAGUGGGGGCUCAGCCAUUAGCUCCAUUGACCCAGAAUGGCCGGGAGAAGGGAAGUGUCAACAAAUCAGCAUCCCUCUGUGUAAGGACAUUGGCUACAACAUGACUCGCAUGCCAAAUCUCAUGGGCCACGACAACCAAAUAGAAGCAGCAAUGAAGCUGCAAGAAUUCGCAACGCUGAUCCAGUUUGGAUGCCACAGUCAUCUCAGAUUUUUUCUUUGUUCGCUUUACGCCCCCAUGUGCACAGAGCAGGUGUCCAACCCCAUCCCUGCUUGCAGAGUUAUGUGUGAACAGGUCAAAGUGAAGUGCUCCCCUAUUUUGGAACAGUUUAAAUUUCCCUGGCCGGACUCGCUGGACUGCUCACGGCUCCCCACUAAAAAUGACCCCAACUACCUCUGCAUGGAGGCACCCAACAACGGCUCUGACGAGCCCCCCAAAGUCUCACACACUCAGCCGCCAGAUUUCAGACUGCACCGUCCCAUAAAUGGACCGGACCUGCACCUGAAGGACACCGACAACAGAAAGGCGUGCAGCAAAUCUGGCAAGUUUCACUACGUUGAAAAAAGCGAGUCAUGUGCCCCAAAAUGUUACCCCAAAGUGGAUGUAUACUGGAGUCAAGGAGAUAAGCAGUUCUCCUUGGUAUGGAUCGCCGUCUGGUCCAUCCUGUGCUUUGUCUCCAGUGCUUUCACCGUGCUGACGUUCCUCAUAGACCCCCAGCGCUUCAAAUACCCAGAGAGGCCCAUUAUCUUCCUCUCCAUGUCCUACUGUGUUUACUCUGUUGGCUACCUCGUCCGACUUUUCGUGGGCGCUGACAGAAUCGCUUGUGACAGAGACAACGGGGUCCAGUAUGUCAUCCAAGAGGGUCUGGAGAGCACCGGCUGCACUAUUGUGUUCCUCAUCCUAUAUUAUUUUGGCAUGGCAAGUUCCCUUUGGUGGGUUAUCUUGACCUUGACAUGGUUUCUGGCCGCUGGAAAGAAGUGGGGUCACGAGGCCAUUGAAGCCAACAGCAGCUAUUUCCACUUAGCGGCGUGGGCCAUCCCAGCUGUGAAGACCAUCAUGAUCCUGGUGAUGAGGAAGGUGGCGGGAGAUGAGCUGACAGGUGUUUGCUACGUGAGCAGCAUGGACGUCAAAGCUCUCACGGGCUUCGUGCUCAUUCCUCUCUCCUGCUACCUUAUCACCGGUACUUCCUUUCUCCUGUCUGGCUUUGUGGCACUCUUCAACAUCAGGAAGAUCAUGAAAACAGAAGGAGAGAAUACAGACAAGCUGGAGAAGCUGAUGGUUCGCAUCGGGGUCUUUUCAGUGCUUUACACAGUACCGGCCACGUGCGUCAUCGCCUGCUACUUCUACGAGCGACUCAACAUGGACUACUGGCGUAUUCUAGCUACGGACAAAAAAUGUAAGGAGAACAGUGGGCAAGAGUCUGAGUGCCUUUUGAAGACGUCCAUCCCUGCCGUUGAGGUCUUCAUGGUUAAGAUCUUCAUGCUGCUAGUGGUUGGCAUCACCAGCGGCAUGUGGAUCUGGACCUCUAAGACCCUACAGUCGUGGCAGAAUGUGUUCAGCAGGAAACUAAAAAAGCGGACGAGAAGGAAGGCAAGCAGCGUAUUUACCAGCAGUCGGCCUUACAUGAAACCUCACCCAUCUCUCAAAGGGCACACCACUAAGUAUGAACCCACACGGCCCCCUCCCACAUGCGUAUGAGCUGGCUCUUUUGCUGUGUAUUAACCUCAUAAAACACUUUUAAAAGCCCUUACCAUGAGACAUUUUAAUGAAGUAUGAUGUAUUUAUGCAAGCUGCAUUUCAUGUCAUGCAACAUGUUUUUGUUAUAAUCCACGCAACAAGU